AUGUACGAAGGGAUUGACAACCCGAAAUCCCUUUACGACCGUGCCGGGAAGACAUUCUCCGGCGGUCUUUCUGCGGCACAAGAUGUGCCGCGUCGUACUGCUCAACCAGACCCAGUACGUCAACCAUCAGUUGGGAGCGGGGCUCCCAAGUAUCCCAGGACGGGGGAUAACCGCUCCACCGGACGAGAUAACUCGUCCGACGUCCGUUCACGUCGCGGUGGUUCAACAGCUGCUCAACCAGAUAGCGCUGACCACCGCGAGAGUCCUCUAAUGGAGGUGGAGGAGGAGGGAAGACGCUCUCCACACAGUCGUGGGGAAGCGUGUUUUCCCGAGAGCUUCUUUGAUCGCGUAACGCAAGAGUUACGCAACGAUCUCGAACAUGAGCGGGACAGGCGUCUCCAAAUGGCGGACACUGUCUUGAAGCAUCGAGCUGAAUUUGUCUUUGCUCAGCUUGAGAACGAGAGAGCUCUGACAUCUCUUCGUGAUGAGCUAAGGGUAGCUCGUGGGAUUGUUGAUCGGUCUCGGGAUGAGAUAACUGCUCUUCAGACCGUUGUCGAUGCCCACCAUCGGGAGCACAAGGCUCUCUGCGAGAUGCUUGAGCUCAAGGGCGUUCUUCAUCGGAAGAAACAGCGUACCGAUGGUACGGCUUAA